AUGGAGUUUCUACGCUGUGGCAUUCAUGGAUUCCAUGAGGUUCUUGGCAUCGAUGCCGAUGAGCUACGGUUCUACUGGGCGCUGAAGAGCAGCGUCGAAAAUUCCGUUCAAUCUGCCUACCGUAUCGUGCUGGCAACAGAAUCUAAGCUCCUUGAAGUAGCCGAGCCAGAUGUUUCAACCCUUGCAUGGGACUCUGGACGCGUGGAGAGCAAUGAGCAGCGCAACGUCUUUUGCAAGCCUAAUGGUGGCUUUAAGUCUAUCUCCAGCUAUUUCUGGCAGGUCAGAGUCUGGGAUAAUGCGCAACAAGUGCACUAUGGCCCCGUCCAACAUUUCUUCACGGGCUAUCCUCGUUCUCGCCUGCUGCCUCCUUACAGUAUGAACCAAACAUACAUGCCUCACUCUAGUCUCAUUUUCCGUACAUGGUUCGAAGAUGAGGCCAGCCGAUGGAAGGCUGUCUGGAUUGGUGACGGAGGCGAUAAGCCUAUCUAUCUUCGGAAGUCGUUCCAGCUAGCAAAGCAGCCAACCCGGGCUAUCCUCUUUGCUUCAGGCUUGGGACAUUUUAAUAUGAGCGUCAAUGGCCAACCUGCAUCAAAUCACCGUCUGGAUCCUGGCUGGACCAACUACCACCGGAGAGUUCAAUUUACAUCCUACGAUGUCACUUCUCAUCUCAGCGCCGGCGAGAACGCGCUGGGUGCCCAUGUGGGCAAUGGAUUCUAUGCCGGUGACAAGGGCGAUGAUCGCUUUUUCUGGCCAAUGUAUGAAGACAACACAUACGUCCGAUAUGGAAAUGAGCUCUGCUUCUUCUGUGAGCUGCAUCUCUUCUAUGAUGAUGGAAGUCACGACACCCUCAUCUCCGAUCCAACUUGGCGAGUGCGCAAGAGCGCAACUACACUUGCCAAUAUCUAUGCUUCGGAGACUCACGAUCGCCGAUUGUAUCCCAACAACUGGGAUGCACCAAAGUUUGAUGAUAGUGAAUGGGGUCCAGCUAAGCCCUUGACUGGUCCCAGAGGUCACAUCUUCUACCAGACACAACCACCAGUGGUACUGCAUGAAACCUUCGAGCCUGUGAAGACCUACACUCCCGAAGACGGAGUUGUGUGCUUCGAUCUCGGCCAGAAUGCAUCGACUAUGGUUCAAUUGGUACUUGAGGGUGCCUCCGGCUCUGAAGUCAUUGUUCGAUACUCUGAGACAGUCAAGGAAGACGGCACCGUUCUCAUGCCUGACCCCUUGUUCAAAGAGUUUGAGACAGGCGUCUUCUCCAGAAUCUAUCUCGCUGGUACUGGAAAGCCUGAGAUAUGGGAGCCCGACUUCAGCUUCACCAGUGCUCGCUAUAUCCAGGUUGAGGGUGUGUCCUUGACACCAGGUAAGGGUCUUCCUGUCGUCCACUCCGUUGUGGGUCGUCAUAUUUCAUCUGCUGCCAGACGACUCGGCACUAUGAAGACAGACAAAGAGGAUUGCAAUUCACUUCUCAACGCUUGCUAUUGGACCUUCAACAGCAAUCUCUUCAGUUACCACACAGAUUGCCCACAAAUUGAAAAAUUUGGCUGGCUGGAGGUCACUCAUCUACUGGCGCCGGCAACACAAUAUAUCCGCGAUAUGGAAUCACUCUACACCAAGAUUCUUGAUGACAUCCUGGACACCCAAGAGCCCAGCGGCCUUGUACCGACCAUGGCUCCCGAGAUCCGUUAUAUGUGUGGCCCGCUUCAUGAUACAAUCACCUGGGGCUGCGCUCUGUGCUUCCUGCCUGAUAUCUUGUUAAGAUACUACGGCUCUACUCAUGUAAUUUCCAGGGUAUAUCCAGCUGCCGUGCGCUACAUGGAAUACAUGCAGACGAAAGAGCGACGUGGCGGAUUGAUCGAGCAUGGUCUUGGUGAUUGGGGUCGCGACAUUGCCUUUGGAAAUCACCAGGCCAACAUCGAGACUGCCAUCUACUACCGCUGUCUCCAGUGCGUUGAGAUGAUGGCGCGUGAGCUCGGCAAGAUGGACGAGGCAGAGAAGUUCAAUCAAUGGGCCGCCCGGAUCUACAAGGUCUACAAUCAGCAUCUCCUUGUGACAGAUGAUUCAUCACGUCCAUAUGCCUAUUAUACAUCAUUGGAUAACUACCCCGAACGCGAUCGCACUGCCAUCGGCCAAGCUAUGGCUUUGCAGUUUGGUCUAGUCCCCGCUGAACACAACAAGGAUGUCAUGGCUGCUUUCGUGGACGAUUGCUCCGACGGGAGAAUCCGCGCUGGCGAAAUCGGUCUGCGUUUCCUGUGGAACACUCUCGCGGAUGCUAAGCGGCCUGACCUCGUACUUCAAAUGGCCCGGCAGGAAGAGCAUCCUUCAUACAUGCGCUUCCUUCGCCGCGGGGAAACCACACUCUUGGAGUUCUGGCAGGAUGAGUGCCGCAGCAAGUGUCACGACAUGCUCGGCACAAUCUAUGAAUGGUUCUACGCUGCUGUUCUAGGGUUGAAGCCCGUGGCUAAUGCCUAUCGUACCUUUGAGAUCGAUCCUCCUUACGAAGCCGAGUUUGAUUUCGUCGAGGGCUCCGUGGACAGUCCGUAUGGAUUGAUUGAAGUGAAAUUCCAGCGCGAUGCUAAGCGAAUUGUGACUUUGGACCUUCGCGUUCCGUUUGGAACCUCCGCCACUGUCAAAAUUCCCGUAAACGUAAAAGAGGUUGAAGUCACUCGAGAAGGUAGUGCGAAGAUAUUGUUGGGUGGUGAAGAUUUGAAGGUUGAUCAUGGAAAUUACAAGAUUGUGAUUCAGUCGUCUUGA